AUGUUUUUGGACAUAGACACUCAAUUACAAAUUUAUGAAACUGAACUUAGAAAUGAUCAUAUUUCAUUUAAUGAUAAAUUGAAUUUAACUCGUACAAGUUUCUUUGAUAAUAUUAAUCGAUUAAUAAAACAAUUAAAUGAUGUAAAACAAGAAUAUGAAGAUAAAUUUCAAUAUCUUGAACAUGAAAAUAAAAAAACAUGUGAUGAAAAUCAACAACAAUUUAAUAAUUUAAAUUAUUUUCUAAAAACUUUGGAAAAUAAUCAAGAAAACAUUUUAAGAAAAUUUAAUGAAUUUAAAGGAACAUUUCCAAUGAGACCAAAUAUGUUAAAAAAUAUUCCUGAAUUUAAUUUCCAAGAUAUGCAAAUUGAUUAUUUUAUUAAACAAAAAUUACCAACAAAUCAUACAGAAAAAAUUAUUAAUAAUGAUAAUGAAUCAAUUCUAAAAGUUGAUCGUGGUUCAUCUCCAAUUAUUUUUCAUGAACAAUUAUUAAUUGAACAAGAUCAAUCUUCAAAUUCUAAUCAAAAUUUAUUAAAUCAUGAUCAAAUACUACCUGAAACAUCGUCUUUAUGUGUUCCAAUGACUUCGAUAAUUCAAAAUAAUCCAACGAUGACAACAACAACAACAUUAGAAUUACCUUCACGUCCUGUUUCAAGAAAUAGAGAAGUUAAGAAUAUGGUUAAUACUUCGUUUAGAAUUCCUUAUGAAAGUAAUCGUCAUUCACGAUUAAUGGCUUAUAAUAUCCAUGAACAUUCAUUACUUAUUUAUUCAUUGACAUCACAUAAAUUAGAAUAUUUAUCAAUUCAAACACGUGAAAUAAAUUCUAUUGAUUUACCUUUUAAAGAACCAUUAAUUAAUUUGGAUUAUUCUAUAAACCAUGGUUGUUUCUAUUUAAUUAGUAAACAUACACAUUAUUUUUGUUUCUUUCAUUUAAAUGAACAAAAAAUAGAAAUUGAUCAACAAUUUGAAUUAACUCAUGAAAAUAAUAAAAUCAAUUCUAUUAUAAAUGGACAUAUUUAUGAGAAUAAUUUAUUUUUUUUAUAUACUUUAUCAUCAAAAGAUAUUCAUUUUGGAAGAUAUAAUUUCGAUGAAUCGAUUUUCUUUCCAUCAAUACAAUUUAAAAAUAUUCUUCAUGAUGAUUAUGAACAAUUAACUUAUGAUAUUAUUGAUUUUACUGUUAAUAAUACAUUUAUUAUUUUCUUAACUCAAAUAAAAAAAUCCAAUCGAUAUAUGCUUAUUAUAAAUGAUCAUGAUAUUAAUCAAAUUUCUUCAUUUGAUUUAGUUGAUGCUAAACAACCAUUAUCAAUUAUUUCAAUAAUUAAACCAUCGGAAUCGGCUAGCUCUUAUGGUGAAAGUCAAUUAUUAUUAUUUAUAAAUGAUCCAAAAAGUCAUUUUAUUCAUUGUUGUACUUAUGAACGAUAUGUAAUAUCAAUUGAAGUUAAUAGUUUUGGUAUAUGUUCAUUAAAUGAUGGAAAUUUAGCGAUAGUUAGCAAUCAGGAUAUUCGUGCUUUAAAAGUACAAGAGUAUCUUGAAAAAAAUCAUAUUCAAAUUGAAUAA